AUGAUCAGAUUAAGGUCAUCUAAUCUGGAGUCCCUGCUCGCAGCGCCCUCAGCACCCUGCCAGCAGGAGACCCUCAGAGACGAGAGGCCCUCAGCACCAUGCCAGCAGGAGACCCUCAGAGACGAGAGGCCCUCAGCACCCUGCCAGCAGGAGACCCUCAGACGAGAGGCCCUCAGCACCAUGCCAGCAGGAGACCCUCAGAGACGAGAGGCCCUCAGCACCCUGCCAGCAGGAGACCCUCAGAGACGAGAGGCCCUCAGCACCAUGCCAGCAGGAGACCCUCAGAGACGAGAGGCCCUCAGCACCCUGCCAGCAGGAGACCCUCAGACGAGAGGCCCUCAGCACCAUGCCAGCAGGAGACCCUCAGAGACGAGAGGCCCUCAGCACCCUGCCAGCAGGAGACCCUCAGACGAGAGGCCCUCAGCACCCUGCCAGCAGGAGACCUUCAGAGACGAGAGGCCCUCAGCACCAUGCCAGCAGGAGACCCUCAGACGAGAGGCCCUCAGCACCAUGCCAGCAGGAGAUCUUCAGAGACGAGAGGCCCUCAGCACCCUGCCAGCAAGAGACCUUCAGAGACGAGAGGCCCUCAGCACCAUGCCAGCAGGAGAUCUUCAGAGACGAGAGGCCCUCAGCACCCUGCCAGCAAGAGACCUUCAGAGACGAGAGGCCCUCAGCACCAUGCCAGCAGGAGACCUUCAGAGACGAGAGGCCCUCAGCACCCUGCCAGCAGGAGACCCUCAGAGACGAGAGGCCCUCAGCACCCUGCCAGCAGGAGACCCUCAGAGACGAGAGGCCCUCAGCACCCUGCCAGCAGGAGACCCUCAGACGAGAGGCCCUCAGCACCCUGCCAGCAGGAGACCCUUAGAGACGAGAGGCCCUCAGCACCAUGCCAGAAGGAGACCCUCAGACGAGAGGCCCACAGCACCCUGCCAGCAGGAGAUCUUCAGCCAAUCAUUCCUAAAACUGCAGAUUGUACCCUGGCUCAGUUUAAUAAACAUCUCUGCCUUUGGCCCCUGCGUGUUCCUCCUUGCUGGCUCUCUCGUCUCCCCGGUCAACCUCUAA